AUGGCGGGAAAGAAAUGGGGGGAGGAAGACGGGGGCGACUACGCGCUUGCGCACUUUCACUUACGCGUGUUUCCCGUGAGGCGAGGCACCCACAACGCUCCUGCGAGGGAAGCCAGCUCAGGGGACGUUUCAAAGCACGCAGCUGAAAGCAGCUGCCUGAGGCACCCCGUUGAGGCUGCUUGCCUGUGCCUCUCCUUGUAAGGCUGAAGCGCCGCAGGUGGGCCGUGGGAAGGGCCCUCCCUUCUCUCUUGCCUUUUUGGUAACCAAGGCCCUGUGGCCGCAGGUGAGAAGAGCAAGGGGCUGAGAAGACUCAGAAAGUGGCUCUGUAUAGCCAGGAGGCUCACCACUACCAGUAGCUUUUUGCUUCAAGCUCUCUGGCCUCCAUAGUGAGUGUGAGCAGAGAGGAAGGGGAUGGAAGUGCUUUAGGAGCCUUUAAAACCUGGCAGGAUGGCAGAUGCAGAGGUGCCUUGCAGAGCACAGAAAAGCCUUUCUGCACCACCACCCCGCCCCCGGGCUCUACUAUUAUUACUGUUAUUAUUAUGCACAAUUUAUUUAUAUUUUACCUCUUCCCCAAAUUGGGAUUCAAGGCGGCUUCCACAAAUCAAAAUGACACAGAUUAGAUACAAAACGCUAAAAAUAUACAAAAGGCAGUUGUUAAAAAGCAGUUAAAAAACUCUAAUAGAAUUAAAACUAUGAAAAACAAAAAUACUGUACACUGUUAAAUGCUCUUUCCUUUAAAAACAAAAAAAAGUUUCCAAAGGCCUGUCUGAACAAAACAGUCUUCACACUCUGGCAGAAGGAAAAUAAGGAGGGUCGUCCCUCCCUAGGAACCUAAGCAGAGCCUGCUGGUGAGCUGAUGGUCCAUCUGGUCUAAUAUCCUGUUCUCACAGUGGCCAACUAGAUGUUCUGGGGUCAUUGUGGAUGAAUACAAGGACAUUUCCCCAGAGUCCUGUAGCAGUAGAAAAGUGAAUUCAGUGGUAAGAUGUGGGAAAAGCCUGGAAGCAAGCAUCAUGUUGCUCUUAUGUCCAUCCUUGGUGCCACCACAUCUAAAAAAAAGAAUAUUGAAUAUUGUGAAAAUGGGAAUUGCAACCAGAGGGGUCACCCCUUACUUUCCAUGGCAGCAGCCCCCUUAAUGUAAUUUUCUUAAAAAGCCAUGGCGGGGGCAAAUGUUUGACUAAAAUUGAGGGAAGUGGAGUGCAGUCUGAGGAUUUCAUUAAGGCAGUCUUUGCCAACCUGGUGCCCAGCAAGUCCAAAACACCUAGAGGGUACUGUGUUGGCAAAAGCUACCUCAAGAGCCCAUUAGCUCUACAGUCACAAGUACAAUUGCUUUGUCGAGUUAUGCCCACUGGGUGGCAAGGAAUCACUUCUAAAGCCCCUUGCACUACCAGAGGGCAACAUUCUGUCAGCAGGGAAAAGUGGCACCCACAUUAAGGUCAAUAGGGAGCCUCAGAUGGCUGCCACUCUGCUCUUCCUUUCCCUACUCCACCUCCCUUGCUGCAGUGCAGAUCUCUACAUCAUCCCUCAUUACUGCUGGUGUGAUGAUCAAUCUAAAACUUGGGACUGCAUGAAGUGGAGAGUAGGAGCAGCAGGUUGGGUAUGCAGCUGACCUGGGAUAACAACCAGCAGACAUUGGAAAUUAAAAGGAAGCUGUAUGGCUGUUUGAGAUUAAGGGAGCUACACAAAGUGAAAGCGUCCUAAGCCUGAAUGUGAUUAUUGGGUCCUAGGCCAAUAACACAAGCUAUUAGGCUGCCUUGAUCCAGAUCAAGUGUUUUUUGCAGCUAUUUUCCAUGGGAGUCCAUAGCCAGGGUUUGAACUCAGGAUCUCAUGUAUGCUGAGUCUCUGCUUUUUUCAGCUUAGCUAUGGCUACAUGGAAAGCUAGUCUAUGGGUCUGAAGGAGAAGAAAAGAGGGGGAUACCCUAGGAAAUUAAUACAAUUGCUCCAUCAUGGCAGUUUCUUCUGCCUGGAACAAGGGGCCAGGCCUACAGUCUUGCUGUGCCAUCCUUUUCUCACCUAAAACUAUUCUUCCCACCAGGGCCUCCAAAAUAGGAGCUUUUACAUCUCCCUAAUGUCCAGGUGCUGUAUCCUUUUUAUUAUGUUGCUACUAAUCCCCAUACAAGGGGGGCGGUGCCAACCACAGUCUUGCCACUGUCGGCUCCAUUAUUCCCCCUUUAUGUGUGGCAUCCCUUAUCCCCUGCAAAAGGCUGGUUCCAAACACUUUGUGCAUGGCUGCUGCAGAGGAAACAUUGUUUUGCCAGCAGGGCUUAAAUCCUGCAUGGGGCAGAGGGCUCUUUGCACAGGCUUCUUAUCCACAAGUACCUGGUUGGCUUGUGCAGGGAAAGACAAUAUAGCUUGUUCUGGUAGCAUGGCCAGGGUUGGGUAGCCCCACAAGGUCACCUGAAAAUUCUAUGCAGUGCUAGGAGCCUUCCUUGCCUGGCUGAAGAUGUGUUGUUGGUGAGCAUAAUCUUUGUGGUUGGUGGCAGAAUUGCCAGGCCUGCUGUGGUGGGUGUGUCUAUUCAGUGUUGCUGUUGACUCUGCUGCUGGUUCACCAGAGGAGGAGCGUGACUGUGUUAUGCUUGGCAGUAGCUGUGGCCUAGCAGCUGCUGGGGGAGCACAAGGGCCAUCUGAUGGCCCUGCGUUUGGAGCACUUCAGUGUAGAGGUUUAUAAAACUAUAAAUGAGAAAAGCAUGAAUGGAGGGUAGUUUUUCAAGAGGCAAAGGCUUGUCUCUGGCUGCCUCACACACAGAACCCAUUAGAAGUCCCACCUAACCCCAGACAUGGAAGGUUAUUAGAGACAAUUAGAGGGGCCCUUUUGGGCCACCCCUCCUCACCUGUGCAAAGGCCUGACUGGGUGCACUUGCACACCUCGCUAAGAGAGACCAGGGUGGGAGAUGGGGGGGGGGGAUUCUGUGGUGCUGGGAAAGGAGGGCAGAGAAAGAGAGGGAGAAGCUCUGUGGGGAGGAGGGAGAGAAAAGGAAACUUGGCCAGGGCCGGAGAGAGAGGAAGUGCGAAAACAAAAGCGAGAUAAAAGGGGCUGCUGCUGCUGCUGCUCUCGCUCUCCCUCCUCUGCGCCUUUCUUUUUCUCUCUCCCUUUUUCUCAGAGCUGGGUUAGGAGGGGCUGUUUUGCAUCCCUUCACGUCAGCCCUGCCUCAUUCCCUUCUUCCUUCCUGCUAGAGAGCGAGAGAGAGAAAAGAGAAAGGGAACUGCGAGCAAGCGAGGAGCCGGCAGCACCCAGACGAGGAUCUGCCCCAGAAGGAGAGGUGAAGCGGCCUCCCUUGCCUGCCUGCCCGUUACCCGCCCCCCUUGCCAAGCCUCUUCGGGAGUCCCAGGGUGAGUUCGCCUCAGCCCCAGCCAGCUGAGCCAAGCCCUCUCUUCCCGGGCCGGAGAGGAGGCGGGCGCCGAAAGCCCCGCGGGAGGCCCGGUGGGCUGCCCCAACCUCCGCCGCCUCUAUCCAUCCCGGCGCUCUAAUGCCAGAGCAGGGAGAGAGAGAAAAGAGUGAUGGCGUCUGGAGAAGGAGGGAGGGAAAGAAGGAAGGAAGGAAGGAUAGAAAGAAGGGGGAGGAGGGAGAGGAGGACGCACAACUGGGCUUGGACUGCGGCGCUUCUUGUCUUGCUGGGGCUCGCAGCACGUGGGGGCUAACACUCGAGGAGCCUCCCCCACGUCCUUGUUGCUCACUUGCAACUUUCCCCUCCUCUUGCUGCUUUACAACACAAAGUUUUGCUCUGCAGGGAGCCGAUCCGGGGAGGAGGGAGGGAAGCAGGCAGCGGCAACAGCGGGAGGGGAGUCUCGGGAGGUGCCGGCAUGGAGCUGAUGGAGUGGACCCCUCUUCGGUUGGUCGGCUUGCAGGAGGAGGCAGCCGGUGGGUUACCUGUUGCCGUCUCUGCUGUGCUUGGCCAUAGGGGGACGAGGCCCUCGUUCUCGAACCGCCCCUGGAGAGGGAAGUGCCGGCUGGACUUUCCCAUUCUGUGCCUGGCCGCGGUGAACUUUCCCUUUAACAAUCCUCCGGAUAGGAUUGGAGGGGACGGAAAGAAACUGGAGGGGGACGGACCUGGUCCCUUGCAUGUUGGCGGAGGCUCAGUAGUAGCGGGGUUUGCUCUCUUGGAAAGCGCGCCGCCUCAAACUGCAGCCUGCCUGAAGCUUCUUUGCCUGCUGUUGACUGGCCUUGCCCAAAGAGCUACGAAGCAGCUUUCCUGGAGCGGUGGCUGCAAAGGAAGGGGGGACUUUGCUCUUUGUCUGCCCAACCCCUUUGCCUUCCGUUAA